AUGGGGGCCUUUCUUAUUCCUGGUUCUUUGUGUGAGGAAUUAGAAAGGAUGAUGAACUCUUUUUACUGGGGUUCGAAAAAGAAUGGCCGUCGGGGUAUAAAUUGGAUGAGAUGGGAGAAACUCACUUUGCACAAAAGUCUUGGUGGCCUCGGUUUUCGCAAUUUGGAAGCAUUCAAUCUUUCUAUGCUUGGUAAGCAAAGUUGGAAACUCAUGACAGACUCAAAUUCCUUACUUACUCGUGUCCUCAAAGCCAAAUAUUUCCCUCGACGGGAUUUCUUGGAAGCACCUCUUGGUCAUAAUCCAAGCUACACAUGGAGGAGUCUUUGGAGUAACCAAUCAUUACUUACGUUGGGCUAUAGAUGGAAGAUUGGUAAUGGUUCAAAUAUAAAUGUGUGGCCAAUGCCUUGGAUUCGCAAUCUCCCCUCGCACAAACCUCCAACACUGCCGCCUCCUAACCUUGAAGAGCUCACAGUCAAUCAGCUCAUGAAUCCGGAUCUACUGUCAUGGAAUUAUAACCUGGUGCAUUCAAUUUUUGACCCCCAAGUGGCUGCAGCUGUGACAUCCAUUCCCCUUUACACUAGACCGAUGGAGGACACUAGAUUAUGGAAGGUAUCAACAGAUGGAUAA